GUCACCUAACCUCAAAAUCCAAACAAAUCAGCACUAGCACGUGUGGAUACUGUUUUAUUAAAGUUAUAAGUUAAGUUUUCUAUAUUUUAAAAUAAUGAAUAAAUUGUUUAAACAUUAGUAGUCAAAUUAUCCAAGUGCGAUGUCGUUUUUCAUAAAAUCCAAACCUGCUAAUGGUUCCACCAAAUUUUCAGCUGAUAAAAGACGAAAACGAAAAGCCGAAAAAAUCAGCAGAGAUGUAGAAGUAACGAGUAGCGAAGACGAAGGUGAAGGGAGCGGGCUUAACCUCCAAGAUAAGUCUUCUGAUGAAGAUGAAACCGCCCAAGAGAAAAAAUUAAGACUAGCCAAAAUUUAUUUAGAGGAAAUUGAAAAAGAAGAGCGCAGGAGGUUAGAAGAUAAGGAAGUUAGUAAAGAAAUCAUCUCUAAGAGAUUAAAAACAGACCAUUUAAAACAAAUAGGAAAGUAUGAAGUUACUAUCGCUGACAAGUGCACAGGUGCAGAUCUUAACAAUUUGAAGAACCUCAAAUGCAAAGAACAACACAAUACAAUAACCUGUGUGUGUCUUUCAUCAGAUGAUAAGUGGGUUUUUUCUGGAAGUAAAGAUGGAGUUGUUGUUAAAUGGUCUCUCACUGAACACAAGAAACUAGGGGUGAUUCCAUUUGUUAAAACAAAUAUAGAUAUAAUAAAAGGUCAUACUAGCUGUAUAAAUUGUAUAGCCAUUUCCACAGACAACAAUUAUCUUGUGGUAGGUGAUAAUUCAGGCAUGAUUCAAAUUUGGGACCCAAAUACCUUAAAACACUUAGGAACUUUAAAAGGCCACAAAAAACCCAUCACUGGGUUAUGUCUAAAACGCAACAGUCACACUUUAUACUCCUCCAGUCAAGACAGAUCAGUCAGAGUUUGGUCUCUUGAUGAAAUGACUUUUGUUGAAACGCUAUUUGGACAUCAAGAUGGCAUAACCUCAAUUGACGUUCUAAAUACAGACAGACCCAUCUCAUCUGGUGGAAGAGACGGCACUAUAAGACUUUGGAAAGUUAGUGAAGAAUCGCAACUAAUUUUUAACGCUCAACCUGAAAACGUAGACUCUGUCAAGCUAAUAAAUGAACAAUAUUUUCUUUCAGGGGGAGAUAAUGGCCAGGUGUGUGUUUGGAGUUGCAUAAAGAAAAAACCUUUGUGUAUAGUUAAAGCCGCCCAUGGAUGUGACCCAUUGAAUGAGCAGCCAUAUUGGAUUAGUGCUGUUGCCGCCUUAAUCCAUAGUGAUAUUGUAGCAUCAGGGUCACAAGAUGGUUACAUUCGCCUCUGGAAGGUUGAAGACAGGUACAGAAAAAUCUCUAAGCUGUUUGAAAUUCCAAUCACGGGAUUCGUGAACGCGCUAGCGUUCACUUCAGAUGGUAAAAAAUUGGUGGCAGGAGUGGGGCGAGACCACAGACUGGGCAGGUGGAGUACCGUCAAAUCGGCGAAAAACACUAUUUGUAUUAUACCGUUACUAAUAAAUGAUUCGACGUAACAGUCCGAUCAUGUUAUUUUUUAUACGUGGAUUAAUUGAAAUAAAAACCAGAUUCCAAA